AUGACGAAUGGGAUCAUUUUACCACCCAAUAAAUGGGAAUUACAUGAUCCUUUUUUAAUUUGUGCUGAAGACUGGUUUCAUCAUCCAGGUGGUUUCGAUUUUCACCCGCAUCGCGGGUUUGAG